CAGAGAGGGCGCCCGUGUUUGCAUGAUCUCAAUGCCACUUUCAGAAGGUGGAUGAAACAAUCUGAUGGACGGGAAAUGUAAUAUACUGUCGGUUAUCCUGCAUAGGCAGUGAGAAUGGUCGAGCGAUAAAAGAGGAGAACCCGCGUGUGCUGCCCUGUGUAAGAAAACACGAUAUUGCGCUUUAUAGUUUAACCUGAAGACGUUUUCAUCGGUCAAGUCAUGUCUAUUGAACUGAGGAUAUUGAUGUUUGGGAUCGGGACUGCCUUGGUUUUAUUUGUCAUUAUAGCCGACAUAUCGGAAGUGGAAGAAGAAAUCGCGAUCAUUGAGGAUUCACAGAAGUUCCGCUUUGUCCUUCAGUCUAACAGAACUUCAGUUCUGAAUGCUGACCCUACUUCACUAGUCAGCUACAGAAGAGGCACGGCCUCUUCUUCUCCACUUUCACUCUCACACAUACAAAGCAAAACAGGCAACUUGUCCUCACCUGAAUGGACUUUCAACAGAACCUUGUCCAACCUCAUUAGGAAAAACAUCUUGAGGUUUCUGGAUGCUGAGAGGGACAUCUCAAUUCUUAAGAGCACCUUUAAGCCUGGAGAUGUCAUUCAUUAUAUUUUUGACCGCCAGAGCACAACAAACAUAACUGAGAACCUGUAUCACCUCUUGCCGACAGCAUCCCCCAUGAAGAACCAGCAUCACAAGCGAUGUGCAAUCAUAGGGAAUUCUGGGAUAUUACUGAAUAGCAGCUGUGGUCAAGAGAUUGAUUCACACGACUUUGUCAUUAGGUGUAACCUGGCUCCAGUGGAGGAGUAUGCAGCAGACGUGGGACUGCGGACCAGUUUGGUGACCAUGAAUCCUUCCGUGGUGCAACGUGCCUUCCAGGAUCUGAACAGCGAGGAGUGGGUACAGCGUUUCGUCCGCAGGCUUCAGAGCCUCAGCGGAAGCGUGCUGUGGAUCCCCGCCUUCAUGGCCAAAGGAGGAGAGGAAAGAGUGGAGUGGGCUAUCCGUCUCAUUCUUCUACACACUGUAAAUGUCCGCACCGCAUUUCCUUCCCUGCGCCUGCUGCAUGCGGUCCGAGGGUACUGGCUGACCAAUCAUGUCCAGAUAAAGAGGCCUACCACCGGACUCCUGAUGUACACCAUGGCCACACGCUUUUGUGAUGAAAUCCACCUGUAUGGCUUCUGGCCUUUUACUAAUGAUCCCGAUGGCAAACCAGUUAAAUAUCACUAUUACGACACACUAACUUACCGGUACACAUCUAGCGCUGGUCCCCAUACAAUGCCUCUGGAAUUUAGGACUUUAAGUGCUCUUCACAGACAGGGGGCACUGCGACUGCACACUGGGCCAUGUAAACAUCCAACGUGAGCUUUGCUUUACUACAGCAAUUUGGAUGGUGCUUUUUUAAGGAGGUUAGCUCUGUGUUGUGGUUAAAUGAUUGUGCGUCACACACUGGAAGAGAAGGACCUGUGGACUUUUUAGAAUGUGACCCACAUAGACAAAAUGACAGAAACAUGCUGUGAAAAAAUGUGAUUACCUGAAUAUUUCAGGUGAAUAUGACCAAAUGUGAAAAUGCAAUAUGGGCAGAAAAGGGGGCAUUUGUUUUUGUGGAAGUGUUUAACCUUAAAAAGGUGAGCCAUUUUUGUCCCUGGGGAUGUUUUAUUUCUUCAUAACCCAGAACAAGUCUUAUAUUCAUUGUGAUUCACUGAAUGUAUUGUAUACAGUUUACUUUUUUGUACUGUAUGUCUUCAAUUUGUCCACAAGAUGGAAGCAUUUCUGUAAAAGGAUAAACUUGCAUUAUUUAGUAUUAAAACAGCAUUAGCCUUCUGGGAAAGUUUUUUGUAAACAGUCUAUGUUGAGAAUGUCAUUUUUGUUGCCUUUACAGUCUAUGUGUCUGUUAAGCCCAUAGACAUCAUGACUGAAUGUAUGGCAGUCAUGUCAAUAUUUGUCAUUUUUGCACCACUUCUAAUUAGGUUUGACAUUUAAUUCUUUAAACAAGGAUUUUUACCACUUUAUUUCUUUUCAAUGACAAUAAUGUAGUGCCUCAAGUAGGAAAAGAAUGUUAUGCUGCAUCAAUACUCAAAUGACACUUGAUAAAGUUGCCUUAGAAAGAGGUGUAGUAGUGUUAAGUAGUGACAGUAAGCAGCUGUUAAAUGUACUCUGUCUUAUUUACCGAAGCUCUGAAAUGUGCAGUAAUGCUUGUGUUACAAGUGGAACAAGCCUUGGAAAAGCCUCUGAGGGAUAUAGUGUUUGCAUAGUAAGGCAGCUAUCACAGUGAAUGGAGCCACACACUGAAUGUUAACUGGAAAGAUAAAAUGUAGCCAAAUCCAGUACACACCCAGCUGUUCACACACUCGUGUGUACCAAAGGAUGGUCAUCUGUGAACAGCGUCUAGGGACGUUCACUAUGUAAACUUUGGAGUUUGUUAAAGCCACAAAGUAUGUUUCUGGACUACUGACGGUAUUUCUGUAUCUAAGGGUGCUUUUUCUUGGGGGGGAGGCAGGGGGUGACGUGUUUUGGAUAUCUUUUGUAUGUGAUACAUUACAUGUUUAAUAAAUGUAUUUGUGAUAACUUAUAAUAAGAAAAUACUGCUGUCUUUCCAGCGUGUUUAAAAACAUCCAUGACACAUUUUUCCAAAAGUAUCUGUCAUACACAUUUAUUAAAUUUGCUUUCAGGUCUGAUAAGUAUUUCUUAGAAGUUGGGCAUGUUUUCCUCUUGUCUAGAGGGAGAAAAGUAUUUCAGUUAAUCAAGUAUUUUAACUUUUUUUUUCUGCACCCACCAGGCUAGCGAGGAUCCACUUAUGUGCUUUGAACCAUGUGACCCGUCAAGAAAACAUGAAGCCUCUUGCGCUACAUGUUGGUCUUAUUAUGUCUCCAGUUAAGUUAAAAAUAGAUAAUUGUCUCACCACAGACGUCAACAGGGCCAUCGGCAUAAUGAAUGCAUUUAUCCGCAAAAGAACCUCUGUGUUUUAAAAAAAAAAUAGAAACAGUCUGUAACCAAUAUGACUCAACUUAAUUAGGGUGCAGCCGACUUUGGGUCACAGUUUUAGGACAUUCAGAAGCCGUCCACAUUCCCUGCUUUAAAGAUGUUAAUGAUUAUCAGUGUUUUCUUUUUCGUGGAAAGAGUGGAGAUGCUUUUGUCUCUAUUUUAUGACUGACCUGUGUGUUUGGAGGCCCAAUUAACUUAAACCCAAAAUAGCUCAUACGAUGUGCAUUUCUUUGGAAAUUCUUUGGACUUCUGAGCUUCUUUGUCUCAUCUGUAUAACAGAACUAAAACAGAUUGUGUGAAAUUCUUGGCAUCCGGGGCAUAUUUUAGGACAUGCAGUGUACAUGUUAUUCAAAAACCCGAGCUGAAGCAACUUACAGGAAAGUGAUAUGGCUUAGUGGAAGAUUUAUGCUAUAAAGAAAAAAAGAGCAGGAACUGAGGAGAGGAGAAUCUCAACACAGGAUGCCGCAGAAUGACUCCUGCCCAGGAAAAAUAACAUGAUUUAUUAUUUCUGAGCCACAGCAUUUUUGAAGAUAUUUGGUGUAUUGUCAGGCUAAUUUCUGGAAAUGUGGUGGGGUUUUAAAGGCUUGUGGGUAACCAACGAGUGAGGAGUAGUCGACCCAUAGCAUGAUUUCAGCUUUAUAAGUUUGUUUUUACAUAAGAAGAUUUAACAGAAUAAAUAGCCCUUUUAAGUUGGGCAAAAAGGAAUGUGCAAUAUUCUAUGUGGUUCUUCACAAGUUAUUUCUCAUUUAUGAAGGAAAACAGGAUGCCACACAGGAUGGGAGUUUCAUUUACCAAAAAAGUUCCACAUAAAAUGUUUGAAUGUGGAACAAAAUGUGUCUGCCUUCUGUUAGUAUUGAAGUGACAUGUACUGUACUUGUCUAAUGAAAAUAAAUA